GAAUGGAGCCCAUCUUCCCCAUACAUUGAACCUGUAAAAGUUUUUAAUAUAAAUAAUUAUACAAAAGCCAAAAACCCUCACAUAUAAAACGCUUUGGCAACUUCUACUAAGUUUUCCCUUUCAGUUUUCAUUUUUGCUGCUUUCAUUAACUUAGUCUCAGCUAAUAGUUGAUGAUUCCAACUCCUCGAUUAUCGGCCCUAAUUUCAGGAAAGCUUUCUUCUUUUUUUUUUUUUUUUUUUGGUGCGUGACUUUUUUCUCUACGUUUUUGGUGAUGUUGAAUGUAGGUUUUUACUAGUUUGUAUCAUUUUUUUUUUUUGGAAUUGUCAUUAAAGGGUAGAAAUCUGUUAAUGUAUGCUUGUUUAGCUUGGUGAGCUUGGUUAAUUUGGGAUUUUUUUUUUCUAAUUGCCUUUGUUUGGUAGAUUGCAAUGUAUUGAAAGGGAAGACUAGAACAUGUUAUGCUUGAUUGUUUUUGGUUAAUUGAGUGCUUGAAUGGUAUUUAUAGUUUAGGCUGAAUAGCUUCAAAGGGGCAAUGACAUGAAAUCUUGAAAUAAGCAAUGGAAGGCAAUUUAUCAAGAGGAAUGAUUCCUGGUGGGAGUUCUUUUGGAGGUCUUGAUUUACAAGGAUCAAUGAUGGUUCAUCAUCAUGCACAAAACCCACAUAAUAUAAAUCAUCAUCAUCACCACCCUAACCCUCGCCGUGGCACUUCUGCCCAUCCUGGUUUUCGGCUCACGGCGGGGACCAUGCAGAACUCUGAUCAACCUAUUUCAAUGAUAGAUUACAACAAGAUGGAAAUAGGGAAAUGUUCAGUAAGUGAUGAGGAUGAACCUAGUUUUGCAGAAGAAGGUGUUGAUGGUCAUAACGACGGGAAUAAAGGCAAGAAAGGAUCCCCAUGGCAGCGUGUGAAGUGGACUGAUAAAAUGGUGAGGCUUCUAAUUACGGCGGUGUCUUAUAUAGGGGAGGAUAUGGCGGGGGAUUGUGGUGGUGGGAUGAGGAGGAAAUUUGCAGUUCUACAGAAGAAGGGUAAAUGGAAAUCGGUUUCGAAAGUCAUUGCUGAGAGGGGCUAUCAUGUUUCUCCUCAACAGUGUGAAGAUAAGUUCAAUGACCUGAAUAAAAGGUAUAAAAAACUAAAUGAUAUGCUUGGUAGGGGCACUUCUUGUCAAGUUGUUGAGAAUCCGGCACUUUUGGAUGUUAUAGAUUACUUAACAGAGAAAGAAAAGGAUGAUGUGAGGAAAAUUUUAAGCUCAAAGCAUCUUUUCUAUGAGGAGAUGUGUUCUUAUCAUAAUGGGAACAGAUUGCAUCUGCCUCAUGAUCUAAAAUUGCAGCGAUCCUUGCAAUUGGCUCUUAGAAGAAGAGAUGAGAAUGAAAACGACAAUGUAAGGAGGCAUCAACAUGAUGAUCUUGAUGAUGAUGACCAUGACAUGGAAACUGAUGAUCAUGAUGAACUUGAGGAGAAUCAUGCUUCACAUGGGGAUAACAGAGUGAUAUUUGGUGCACCAGUGGGCUCUACAAAGAGAUCUAGACAAAGCCAAGUCCAUGAAGAUGCUUGUUUCCAGAAAUUUUUAAACUCUCAGGACUGCAACAAAAGUUCAUUUUCCUGUCCACCUGUCGCCCAAGCUGAUACAAACCAAGUCCUACCUGACUACUCAAGAGCUGCAUGGUUACAGAAGCAGUGGAUUGAAUCCCGCUCACUUCAGCUAGAAGAACAGAAACUGCAAAUUCAAGUGGAGAUGCUAGAACUGGAGAAACAACGUUUCAAGUGGCAGAGAUUCAGUAAGAAAAGUGAUCGUGAACUAGAAAAGAUAAGAAUGGAAAAUGAGAGGAUGAAGCUCGAGAAUGAACAAAUGGCAUUAGAGUUGAAGCGAAAAGAGUUAGCUGCUGAUUAAAACCAUGUAUUUUGUUUUCUGCAGUGCCAAGGCCUUGAUGCAAAAUUAUUUUGUUGUUGGUAAGCUGCUAUUGAUUUUUCCUUGGAGUAUCACAUAUAGUUUGUUGAUAUUGAUUAAUAUUAUUAUGAUUACUGUAUUGGAUAUGGCCUUUUCCUACUUGUCUUAGGUUGCUAGUUUGUUUAGACUUUGGUUCUCUUAGAUGUUCCACUAUUCUAUAAGAUGGAUGUGCUGUUUAUUGUUUUACAUGUUAAAUAUGUUUAAUUUUAGGGUACAUUAGAUUGCAACUCAUGUCUACAUUUGUUUGAUUUUAGGGUUCUUUUGUUCCAUAUGAUUGGACUCUCACUCUUUCCCUUCAUCUUAAAUGUUGUUGUUUGAUGUGUAGCUUCUGCAAGCUUGGCAAUCUUCUCUAUGGUUGCCUUAUAUCUACUUACGGUGGAAGUACCAUAGGGGCCCUUGUACUAUGAGUCAGAUUGCAAUUUAUCCCCUCUACUAAAAAAAUGAGCAAAUUAGUCCCUAUACGUUAAAUCAAAGAGCAAACUAGUUCUUCUGUUAAAAAUUUUAUCCAGUUUUACGAUUAAAAAUUAGUCCCUGUAUAUCUGCAUGAGUUACUAGUGGCAUGCUGGUUAUUUCGUUAGCCAUGCUAGUUUUUAAUAGUAAAAAUGGAAGAAAAUUUUAACAGAAAGGACAGAUUUACUCUUUGAUCAAACGUACAGGGAUUAACUUGUCCAUUUUUUAAGUAAAGGGAACAUAAUGAAAUCUGACUCUUAGUAAAAGGACUUUCACGGCACUUUUACCUAUGUGUUACUAUGUCUUGAGACUCUUGAGAGAUAGGCUGUGCAUGGGAUCGAUUUCUUGAUACUAUGAUUGCAAACAUUGCCUAUAUAUAGAGAGAGAUAUAGAGAGAGAUAGCAUUUAAUAACCUUCCAACCCACCGUUUUGAGUGUCUCUAAAUGCUGCCCGAGUAUAUUAGAGGUCAUAUAUAGUAGGUUUUCUUGAAUUCUGGCCUGGAGUACCCCCUCUGUUAUUGAAGGAACAGUAGAAGGGAGCAUUGAACUAACCUUAUGGGUUAUUAUUGUCCUUUAUUUAUUACUGGUGGUGGAGUUUAAGCAGGUCCAUACCAUUUUAACUAUGUUAUUGAUCUUUAAUUGACUUCCUUGUAUACAUAAAUGGUUACAUAAUAAAAGCAUCUAUAACACUACUUGGUUGGUGAAAA